CCUGUGUCACAUGGAAGCACAGUAGCUGAGUCGAGGGGAUGCGAGCAGAGAUGGAGGGGGCUUGAGGAACUGUGGAGGAAAAACCUGGCCCUUGGAGAUAAUAGUGGAGAUACAGCCGCGGCAGCAGAAAGGCAGGUUAACACUUCCCAGCCUCCCUUCUGGCUGGGGAGCAGAGGAGCACGGACAGGGCGCACGAGGGGGUCAGCGGGCGCUCGAAGGAUGCCACAUGCAAUAUGGUGCAUUCCUGUUUUGUGAAGCCCAGGAAAGCCAAGUUAUCGCCUUUGAUUGAUUAUGCUCGCGGGGAGCGGCCGGUCCGAGGGGAAGCAGACACUGAAGGAAGCGACCGGGGUUGACGCUGCGCCUCCCAAAAUCUCUGAGCUGAAUCCCAGUGAGACCGUGGCACUUCCCGGCGUGCAUGAGUGUAAGGGUGUGAGUGUGAGUGUGUGUGAGAGCAAGUGAGCGCCAGCGCUCCCACAUGGCCUCCAUGCAGGACGGGCUGAACUUCACGGCUCCUCCCUACGGCAAGGUCCUGCUGCUGGGUGCUAUCGCUGCUGCCUCAGCCUUUGUAGUUACGAUCCUUAUUGUGGUGCUCUGCGUGGGCUGCCAGAGGAAGGGGAAGACACACAAUGUCCCCGGCGAGGGUGGAAAACACCGCCUCAUGGACAUGGGUAUACUCAGGCAGUCGAAGCUGCGGUCCAUCAAGGCAUCUAAAAAGAAAAGGCUAGCCAGCACGGACCUUCUGCUGCUGCCCAGCCGCCGGUCUAACUCUGACCUUCGUUCUCAAGGCAGGCAGCUUCCCCAGAUCCCCUCUGGGACUGGAGAGGACGGCGAGCACACUUACUCUGAAGUGGGCCGGCGCUCCUCCACUUCACGUACUGAUGAUGCCCUCUACGCCAUGGUAGGCAGGGCCGGGCAGACAGACACUCCGGCCCCUCCGGCCGUCCCUGCCAACACCCCGGCGCCCCCAGACCCAGACGGCGAUGUGGAAGGAGGGCUCCCCGAACCUGAGGCCCAGGUCAUGACACCCCCUCACCCUCCGGAGACGGCCGAGUACGCCUGCGUCAGGAAGCUGAGGAAAGCAGAUAAGGCGCCUCAAAAGAGGGACAGCGGGACGGAUAUGGGAGAACCACCGGCACCGCCUCCAAGACAUGCCCCGCCUUCACAUCCAGCUCCUCCUCCACCACACCCUCACAGCACCAAGUUGCCCCGUAGAAACGUCGAGGCCUUCAAUGUCCCGUCCUUCCCAAAGGAAGUGAUGUUUAUGGGCAACGGAGAGCAGUACAUCUGGAAGCCUCCAGAGGAUGAUGACAUGCUCAUGCUCCAAAAUAAAGCCCUGGGCCCGCUGAGUGCUCACACAGUGGAGAAUAUACAGCCGUCUGCUGCUGCGGUGGCCGAGAUGUACUCUAAGGUGUGUAAACCAGGAAAGAAGAAGAGAGCUGUGCCGGGGUCUCCCCCAGCCAACCCCGGCUUCCGGACCUUGGGUCGAGGUGACCGGGACCGAGACCGGGAUGGGGGGUUUAGUGUAGUAGUCAAACCCCAGACGUGGGCACCUCAAGAGGGCAAAGCAGUUGGCGGGCCCCUUGACGACCACUGCUACGAGUCCAUUGGGACAGAGGAGUGUGAUCUGGCCUAUGAGAACAUGGAAGGCGGAGGCGCCUGGAAGCGAGAGAGACCCCCUAACAUGUGUGCCACCCUGCGGCCAAGGAGGAAGAAAGCCCAGCAGCCCUUGCAGCAGCAGCAGCCCCCUCCACCGCCACCAACGCAGCAGACACCCAAGUUACAGCACCUGCCUGCCAAAGCCCUUCUGCUGCCGGGGGAGAACCUGUACGAGAGCAUCGGCGACCUGAAGCAGGGCUCUGCCACCUCCAGCACCACCACCAUCUUCACCUUCAACGAUGGCAUGGAGAUGUACGUAACAGGGCUCUGAGGCAGCGGCUGCACUGUGACCCCCUAUCCUUCCAACACAAGGAGCUGAGCUAAUGCCACAAGGAGUGACGGCUGAGCCCCUGUCAUGCUCACCCACACAUACUGUUUACAUUCAAGUCAUAACGUCAAGCCUUUCACGGGCUCCAGAGGCCUUGAGGUAGUAAAGUUGCUCUGUUAUGACCUGGGCUGAAUAAAAAGUCCAAUUUAUUAUCCUUAUAAGGAAUCCAAAGGUAGUGAAAAAUAAAUGAGCACAAAACCAUUGCAGAGCAAUCUGUAGGUAACAGUAGCACUUCUAUUUUACUGAUACAUAUGUGCAAAGCACAAUAAAGUAAAAAGCCUAAAUUCUUCCUCAAUUCUAACGGGUAAAAAAAGUCGCAUAUAGUAGGACUCCUAUUUGGGGGAAAAAGGCAAAGCAUUGUGUGAAAUAUUUUGGUAGCACUCAGUCUGUUGUGAACAGACCUUCCCUGUAGUUGGUCAAGACGUGAUUCAGGACGGAAUUUAAAGGAUAUAAAUGAACAAAUUACUAAUCAAAAUACUUGAAAGCUCAGGGACCAAGAGAAACAAUUAUGAGAGUAUUAUAAAUCAAAUAAAAAAUUUGCACAUAUUUUGCAUUCCUCCUAAAAGCUUUGACUAAUUUCGACCGUUUUCACAUUUUAAAAAGCCGACCAGAUUCUUCCCCUCCGUCAUGUUGUUUCAUUAUACAUGGACUGAACACUGUCUCCACUGCCGUCUGUAAAUGAAGUGUUUUACUUUGUUGAUCCUGUUUCUGCACUUUGCCUGCUACAAGUUGCAUGCUAAAAAAAAAAAAAAAACAUGAAAAAAAAUUAAGCACUGUCAUGUGGUACCUCUAUAUGAAUGUUUUUUUUUUCUAUUGUCGUUGGUUGUUUAUUUUUUGUUAGUGUGUUGCUUUAUUUCUCUGUAGAGCUCAAAGCCAGAUAGAUUAAGGAUGUCUUUGGCUCAGUGGGACUCUGUGCAGCAGAGGGGAGGAUUAUUUUUCUCUCCCGUACCUGAAAGAGACACAGUACAGAUGUAACAAGACUGAGGAGAACUGCUCGAGUCCUAAAGGUGGAGACAGUCCACUCAACCCCACCCAACACAUACGCACACAGAAACACAUACACACAAUCCUCCCGUCUGUUCAGUCCUCACUCAUAUCUGUGGACUGUUCAUCUACAUAGUACCCUCCUCGUGGUCAUACGAGUCUGCUUUGGUUUCAUCAUAGUGCAGUAUGGAAAGCUCCACUAGAACUGAUGUGUAUUAGCAAAACGUCAUGUCUCAUCAUCACCCCAUCGACGAACUCUCUCUCUCUCUCUCUCUCUCUCUCCGUUAUCAGUGUUAAAAAUAUUGCAGAAAUGUGAAGCAAAUGGUUGGCUAAGCAGCAUCACCCCGAGGACACCGCACAGAAAUUGCAUACAAAGCCUGGACAGUAAUGACAAAUUCAUUUGACCAAAUAUCCCCAGCAAACAAUGUGAUUAUACUGUAUGUUGAUGCAAUGUGUAUGUACAUGACAAAAGAGAAAGAAUAAUAAAUAUAUCAUCAGUGUCAAGAAAUCUAUCUUUUUCUAUUAUGUUCAGUUGUGUUUUUGGAAUGACUUUAUCUUGUGACACAAACUGCAAAAACAGCUGCAAUGUAAAUUUCAGUGUAUUCUGUUUGUUGUUUUUUCGAAGCCGUGGAGCUACGGUGUGUUCUUGGAAAGCCCUGCUAAGUUAAAUGUGGCAGCUAAUGUUGUGUGUUUGCUAUUCAGACUACAGGGUCUUGUACUCAAAAGCGUGUAAUUAAGUGCUAAGUGCAAAAGAUUGUAAUGUUUUAUAUCAAGAUUACUAUUCAUGAAAUGUCAGUCAAGUUUAUACUUUUGUAAUAA